AUGAAGUUCAUCGCUGCCAUCACCACCAUCGCCGCCGUUGCUCUCGCAGCACCCACGCAGCUCGAGGAGCGCCAGAGCACCCUCUGCUCCUCGGGCACGGCGCUUUGCUGCCAGCUCGACGUCCUUGGUGUCGUCGACGCUACGUGCGAGCAGCCCUCCGCAACUCUCACCACGGCCGAUGAGUUCCAGGACUACUGCGCUGAGAGCGGCAGAACCGCCGAGUGCUGCACUCUGUCUCUGUCGAUUGCUGGUCUGGUCUGCUCUGCCCCUGUCACCACCAAAUAG